AUGGAGGGAGCUACCGAGCAGGAGGGCGUCUGCUCUGAUGGUUGUGGUGCUGGUGGAACAAAGGCGUCCUCGCAAACUUCCCAAAGAGACGACACCCGCAAAAGAUUCAUUGGCUAUCUUUAUGACACCUUGGUAAAAAGGGGCAUCUCUGCUUUCAUAGAUAACGUGAAUUUGAAGAAGGAAAGGUCCAUUUCUGCCCUGGAGAAAAAUGAGGAGCUAAAGGAAGAUGUGAGUGAUUGGAAGAAUGCUUUGCGUGAGGAAGUGAACCCUAAAUACCUGUUCAUAGGCGACUAUCCUACAGAUCUUAAUUCUCGCAUAAAUGAGGUGAUCAAACGGUUUGAUAGGGAAGUUAGAAUGGUUGGGAUAUGUGGAAUGGGCGGCAUAGGGAAGACAACCCUUGCCAAAGCAGUCUACAACAGAUUAUUAAAGCAGCACAAUGUUCGAGAGAACUGUUCCAGCUUUGAGAAGUGCAGCUUCCUUGCAAAUGUCCGCGAAGUAUCAAAGCAGCAUAAUGGAAAUGAAAUCCUUGUCUUGCUACUAGGAAGAGAUGUCAGAAUAAACAACAAGGACGAGGGCAUCACCAUGAUCAGAGAACGAAUUGGAGGCAUGAAAGUGCUUGUAGUUCUCGACGAUGUUGAUCAUAAAGACCAGCUCGAUGUGCUGGUCGGUGGCGGUCAGCAUGCGUUUGAGCAACCCGAGCCAAAAUCAGGUUGGAGAGGUGAAUUGUCGGAGAAAGUUGUGUCAAUUGCUGGUGGGAUACCUCUGUGCCUCCAAGUAUUUGGGAGCCUCUUCUCUGACAUUGAAUCCAUUGAAGAAUGGGAGUCAAAGCUGGAGCAAGUAAAACGGGAUCAACAUAAAGACGUCCAUGUUAGGGUUGGUGCUCAAGCCAUGGGAAUUGAAGAAAAUGGCAUGGAAAGUGAAGAAAGAAUACGCAAUGCUCAUGUGGGAAGAGAGCAUCAUAGAGGAGUUUCUAGGUCCAAGUGUGACUCACUUGUGGCCUUUUCGUUACUUCCACCCCAGGAGGGGAACUACUCGCAGACGUUCAGCCAAUUGAAAGUCCUUAUUCUCAAGAAUUGCAAGAACCUCAAGAGCACCCCCGAUUUUAGGCUGAUUCCAAACGCAACCAAAUUGGUAUUUGAAGGGUGCGCCAAGCUGGGUCAAGUCCACGAAUCGAUCGGCGAUCUCCGAAGGUUGGUGCGCUUGAACUUGGGAGACUGCCAUUCUCUAAAGAAAAUACCUGAUAGCAUCUAUCGGCUAAGUUCUUUGGAGAAGCUCAUCCUGAGCGGGUGUUGGUCACUAGGGGAACUCCCAGAAGAGAUUGGCAGGUUGAUGUCUUUAAAGGUGUUCCAAUUAGGCCAAGGGUAUAUGCAAAGACUUCCACAGUCUGUUGGCCUGUUGACAAACCUGCAAGAGCUAGAAGUCAUGGCAUGCGUGCAUUUGAAGACCAUCCCAGACAUUCCAAAUUUGCAAGCUCUGCGAUAUUUAGGUCUGAGCGGAUCCCGCCAGCUGAUGGAUGUUCCUGGCCUUAGCAAAUUGAGAUGCUUAGAGUCCCUGCAACUCGACGGCUGUGAUGCACUAAGGGACUUGAAUGACAUGAUGAAGACUGACAGAAGUGAAGAGGUAAUACGGAUCGUUGAUGUCAGAUUUCUCACCGAUAUUGGAGCUUUCAUCCCUCGGAAGUUGGAGGAUGAUAAAGGGAAAGGAGUCAUGGCGACGAUCGUGAGAUCCAUGCGGUUUGAAUUUGGUUAUAUACAUAUGUCGAGUGUAUCAAGGGCAACCUUUGACUGGUUUGCUGUUGAUGGGGUAGGAGUGUAA